GUCUCAAUCGAAUGGUAUCGCUACUUUAUUAAAAACUGAAAAAGAUGCACAAAAAAUAGUUGCAGAAGCCAGACAAUAUAGACAAGAUAAAUUGAAACAAGCUAAAAAGGAUGCAUUGGAUGAAAUACAAAAAUACAAAACUGCUAAAGAACAAGAAUUAAAAGAUUUUGAAGCUAAGAACGCAGGAAGUGUUGGUGAUUUGGAAAAAUCUGCCGAACAAGGUAUUCAAGGCGACUUAAAGGAGAUUCAACAACAGAGUAACGCUAAGAAAAAUGAUGUCGUUAAUUUAUUAGUUGGAGCUGUCACUAAACCAAGCGCUGAAAUCCAUAUUAAUGCCAAAUAA